CCUCUUUGUGCCAAUGCAUGCGCCGCAAGCAAACCUGACCCCUCCGGAGGACUGCAGUGGCCUGACCCGACUGCAGAAGGACGGCAACCCGGGAAUGAGCUCCUUCAUGUUUGCGGCAGGGGUGGUGGGCAACGUGGCAGCCCUGGCCAUCCUGGGCUUCCACCGGAAGGAGCUGCGGACCAAGAGCUCGGCCUUCUGCAUCCUGGUGACUGGCCUGGCCAUCACGGACCUGCUGGGCACCUGCGUGGUCAGCCCCGUGGUCUUUGUGGCCUAUUCGCGAAACGCCACCGUUCUGGGCCUGGCGGACGGAGGGCACUGGCUGUGCGACCUCUUUGCCUUCUCGAUGAUGUAUUUCAGCCAAGCAGCCAUGCUCAUCCUCUGCACCAUGGCGGUGGAACGGUGCCUAGCUAUCACCUACCCCUACUUCUACUCGCAGCACAACAUCCGCCGGUGGGCCAAGCUCUCUCUGCCCGCCACCUACGCCUUCAGCGCCCUCUUCUGCACUCUGCCCUUCCUGGGUGUCGGGCAGUACAAGCAGUACUGCCCGGGCACCUGGUGCUUUGUCCAGAUGGACGUGGAGCUGGCGGGGGGCGGCCGCGGCAAGGCCGCCUUCUCGCUGUCCUACGCCACGCUGAUGGCGCUGCUGAUCCUGGCCAUCUUCGUGUGCAACGGCCUGGUCAUCAUCAGCCUCUGCCAGAUGUACCGAAAGCAGAGGGCUCGCCGGCGAGGCUCUAUCAACGUGGCCCAGCAGCGGCGGCGCAAGAGCUGGCUCGGCCAAGGCGAGGAGGAGGUGGACCACCUCAUCUUGCUGGCCCUCAUGACGGUCAUCUUCGUCAUCUGCUCUUUGCCCCUCACGCUAUGGGGCCUUCCUAGAACAAGUGUUGCCCCCGCCCCUCCGAAACUUUUGGGUUUGCCAGCCGCGUCCAGGCCCAACCCAGCCGUGCCAAAACCCGGCCUCGAAGCUCUCACCCCGCCGCCUCGCAACCCGCCCACGCUGCAGAAGUGA